UUAUAGUUUUUUUUUGUUGGUUAUCUCACCUAAUUUUCCAAUGAAUAAUUGAUCCAAUAUAAUCUAAGAUAAUAUGCCGAAGAUAAAUAUUUUUAAAGCCAAUAAAAUAAUCAGAGCCACUAGUUUUAUGCACUGGACAUAACGAAAAAAGGAAACACAAAAUCAAUUCAAAUCUAUUAUUGUUAAAAAACGGAAAAGAAACGUUGGGAGACAAUUCCAAAAGACACACUCCGAUUUAAUUGGUGCCUACCUCUAAUAUUUCCUUGUCAUUUUCUUUAGUCACGGUUUUAAUUUACUCGUCGGUCUCUUUCUUUCUUUCUGAACAGCAUCUUCCCUUUCUUCUUUACUCGUGUAAUAAAUAAAUACAGAAGGCUCACGUUUUGCCAAGUGAGCAAACAGUACUUUGCCUUCACGGAUUUCAAACGAUAAAUUUGCAGUAAUCUUUAGUGGAAUGUAUUUUCUGACAUAUUUCCUCAAAACCCGCUAAGAAAACUUCUCAUCUUUCCCAUUGAAUCUCCACAAAUACAACCUUUCUUCUUCUUCUUCUUGAGCUCAGUUCCUACUUACAGAACAAGGAAGCUUUGUCUUUUUGCUCUUCUAGAAGAUGGUUUCUUGUUUCUGCUUGGAUGUUCACUCUUGAGUAGAGCAUAAACAAAGAAAAUAAAGACAGCAUUACUCAUGGCUUCAAUAAACGAUAUUGGAGUAGCAGCAGCAAUCAACAUAGUCACAGCAAUUGCGUUCUUGCUAGCUUUUGCAAUACUCAGGAUUCAACCAGUAAACGACAGAGUCUAUUUCCCUAAAUGGUAUCUCAAGGGCCUAAGAAGUAGCUCUAUACAAACCGGUGGCUUUGGAAGCAAGUUUAUCAACUUGGACUUUAGGUCAUAUGUUCGAUUCCUCAACUGGAUGCCUGAAGCACUUAAAAUGCCAGAACCUGAGCUUGUCCAUCACGCAGGACUAGAUUCUGUUGUCUACUUGAGGAUCUACUUACUUGGGCUAAAGAUCUUUUUCCCCAUAGCUUGUGUUGCUUUUACAGCAAUGGUCCCUGUUAACUGGACAAAUAAGGGACUGGAUCGGUUAAAACACACUAAUAUAAGUUACAGUGAUAUCGAUAAACUUUCUUUAUCGAAUAUACCAAAUGGAUCAGGCAGUAGAUUUUGGGUGCAUUUGUGUAUGGCUUAUGCCAUCACCUUCUGGACAUGCUUUAUGCUGAAAAGAGAGUACCAGAAUAUAGCUUUGAUGAGGCUACAGUUUCUUGCUAAUGACGAAAGAAGACCUAACCAGUUUACUGUUCUUGUGAGAAACAUUCCUACAGACCCUCAUGAAUCAAUCUGUGAACUUGUUGAACAUUUCUUCAAGGUCAACCAUCCUGAUCACUACCUCACUUACCAGGCAGUCCACGACUCAACAAAACUCUCAGAGUUGGUUCAGAAGAGGAAACAAAUGCAGAAUCUGCUCGAUUACAAUAUCAACAAACACAUGAGAACCCAAUCUAAAAGGCCAAUAAUAAAGAUGGGGUUUCUUGGCUGUUGCGGUGAACAAGUUGAUGGAAUCAAGUACUACACGUCCAUGGUGGAGAGUCUAACGAGAGAAAUAAGUGAGGAGAAGCAGAGGUUAAGGACAGGGACAAAGUCUAUAGUCCCUGCAGCUUUUGUAUCUUUCAAGAGCCGUUGGGGAGCAGCGGUUUGUGCUCAAACUGAACAGUCAAGAGACCCAACAGAGUGGCUAACCGAAUGGGCUGCAGAGCCACGUGACAUCUACUAUGACAAUCUGGCAUUGCCAUACGUCGACCUUAAGAUAAGAAGGAUCAUAGUGGCAAUCGCAUACUUCUUCCUCACCUUCUUCUUCAUGAUCCCGAUAGCAUUUGUACAGUCACUCGCCAACAUCGAAGGCAUAGAGAAGGCUUUUCCCUUCUUGAAGCCCCUUAUAGAAGUGAAAUUUUUCAAGUCCAUCAUCCAAGGCUUCCUUCCAGGGAUUGCAUUGAAGAUAUUCCUCAUGUUCCUCCCAAGAAUAUUGAUGCAAAUGUCGAAAUUCGAAGGUUUUGUCAGCACAUCUUCAUUAGAAAGAAGAGCAGCUAGUAGAUUCUACAUGUUUCAGUUCAUCAAUGUUUUCUUAGGAAGCAUAGUCACCGGGACUGCGUUUCAACAGCUCAACCGCUUCCUCAACCAGUCUGCAAACGAUAUUCCGAAGACAAUAGGCGUCUCGAUUCCAAUGAAAGCGACCUUCUUCAUAACAUACAUAAUGGUGGAUGGAUGGGCAGGUGUUGCUGGAGAGAUACUGAGGUUGAAGCCGCUAAUAAUCUAUCAUCUAAAGAACUCUUUCCUCGUGAGAACCGAGAAUGAUAGGGAAGAAGCAACUGAUGCUGGAACCAUAGGAUUCAACACUGGUGAACCUCAAAUACAACUCUACUUCCUUCUUGGUCUUGUUUACGCAGCAGUUAGCCCCAUCCUUCUUCCUUUUAUCAUCCUCUUCUUCGCCCUGGCUUAUGUUAUAAAUGUGUAUAACCAAAAUUAUGAGAGCGCAGGGAAGUUCUGGCCUGACGUUCACAGGCGUGUCGUGACCGCACUGAUAGUUUCUCAGCUGCUCUUGACGGGUCUUCUAAGUACCAAACAAGCUUCUAAGUCAACUCCUUUUCUUCUUGUGCUUCCGGUGUUGACCAUUGGGUUCCACAUGCACUGCAAAUGCCGUUACCAACCUGCUUUUGUCAGAUACUCUUUACAGGAAGCCAUGAUCAAAGAUACACUGGAACGCACACGUGAGCCAAACCUUAACCUCAAGGCUUUCUUUAGAAAUGCGUAUGCCCACCCGGAGUUUAGGGUGGGAGAAGACCUAGAGCUAGAGAUGGCCGUGGAGAAGCCUGAUAAGACACCGGAGCUAGUUGCCACUAAGCGUGGCUCAUGGAGGAACACUCCUUUGCCUAGCAGCAAACAUAGCUGCCCUUAUUCACCUUGAUGCUUUUGCUCUUUUCUACCGUUAAUGGUAAUUCUUUCAUGUUCUAUGUACAUAGUAACACUUGUAUUAAAUGCAAGAAAAAGAAACACCAUAUGAAGAAACAUUACGGGACACUGCUAACUAUGAUUACAAUGAUCUCACUCGAAAAUGUUCUCCCCGUAAGUGUCUAGAAGUGGCUGAAGGGCUUUACGAGCAUCAGGACGAGCAAGAACUCGAUGCAGUCUGUGUUUAACCCCAAUGUCUGGGGUGAAUUUCCUAUCGAGCAUGCUCUCAAGAAGCGGGACAGCAUCUUUAACCUUGUUCAGUUGAAGGAAGCCAGUUAUAACGGUGUUGAACAUAACAGAAUCGGGUGAACAACCCUUUGAUUCUAAUUCAUAGAACAAUGCUCUGGCUUCUGAUAGCAUCUCAUGUUUGCAGAGGGAAUCGAUAACUAUAUUGUACGUUACCACAUCUGCCACCAAUCCCAUGUUCUGGAUUUCAUCAAAGAGUCUCUUUGCGUCAUCCAGCUUCCCAUUUUUUAUGAGACCACUGAUGAGAGCAUUGAACUGAAAUAUGUCGGGAGAUUGACCAGACUUGCGUAUUGCAUUGAACAAAUGAUUUUUCUAUUUUUAUAAAAAUAAGUUUUCGAAAUUCUUUUUACAACUAUAUACUAAACCGGAUAAAUUUCAAAAUUCUAUUACUUCAUGUUACACAUAUAAUCUGGUUCAGUGAUGUUCUUUUUACAAUUAUUUAUUUGGUAGUGAAUUUUUUAUGUUGAAAGUUGUAAAAUGGAUAGUAAAAAUAAUUUUGCAGAGAGAUCCACAUAAUUUUACAAUUAUGUGGUUAAGUAUUUUUACAAUUAAGUGGUUAUGUAUUUAUACAAUUGGUUUUGAUUAUGUAGACGAAGAUAAACCAAGGUAUGCAGGAGAGAAUGACGUUAAUUUGGUUCAGUCGGAUUAGGUACAAUGUAUUUAAGGGUAAGCGCCGUGAAUUUCUUUAGUUGUUUUAGGAAUAGUAUAAAACGACAGUUUAUUAAAUCAGUGGCAUGAGAACGUAAUUAUUAGGGAAAAGUCAGGGUGAAUUUAUUUUUGUACUCCUGUUUUAAUAGAUUAGAUAUAUAUUUUAAAAGUUUUAACAA